AUGCAUCGGCGUGCCCUGGCAGGGCGAGAGAGGAACGCACCCGGACCACAUCACCCAGACGUCCUCCUAGUUGCUCUUAGGCGGGCUGUGAAGCUUCUUGAUGAGAGGAAGUAUGAAGAAGCUGAGAUCAUGUAUCAACAUGCCCUAGGGGUUAUGGAGAAGUGGAGGGGGCUAGAUCGUCCGGAUAUUCUCGACAGUUUGAACACGCUCGGCGAAACACUGCUUAAUCUAGAAAGGUAUGACGAAGCAGAAGCUAUGUGUCGACAUGCACUGGCGGGCAGAGAGAAAGCUCUAGGAGUGGAUCAUGCAGCUACCCUUACAAGCGCUGAUAACCUUGGCCGGACAUUAUAUCAUCAGAGAAAGCACGAAGAAGCGGAGAUGAUAUUUCGAUCUACGCAGGCGAGCAGAAAGGAAGUUCUUGGACUAUAUCAUCCUGAUACCCUACUGAGCAUUGCUAGCCUAGGCGUGACCCUCCUUUGCCAGAGAAAGUAUGGAGAAGCUGAGAUCGUGUAUCGACAGGCCCUAGGGGCUAUGGAGAAAAUUCUGGGGCCGGAUCAUCCAGACGUCCUCGAUAGUGUGAAUACUUUAGGAGAGACCCUGCUUGAUCUGGAAAAGUAUGGCGAAGCGGAGGCUAUGUGUCGACGUGCGCUGGAAGGCAGAGAGAAGAUUCUUGGACUAGAUCAUCGAGAUACCCUACUGAGUGCCAAUAAUCUUGGUGUGGCACUGCGCAAUCAGGAUAAGCACCACGAAGCGGAGAAUAUGUAUCGACGCGCAUUGGAGGGUGCGGAGAAGACGCUUGGACCUGACCACUGUGAUACCCUAAUGUGCAUCUAUAACUUAGCCGGGGCUCUCCACAAACAGAGGAAGUAUGAUGAGGCGGAGAUGAUGCAUCGGCAAGCGCUGGCAGGGCGAGAGAAGACUCUGGGGCUAGGCCAUCGACACACCAUUCGUAACCUCACCAAGCUAGGCGCAUUGCUGUACCAGGAGGGGAAAUACGAUGAAGCGAAGAUUAUGUAUCAGCGUGCAGUUAUGGGGGCAAAGAAAUUUCUAGGGCCAGGCCAUCCAAUGACUCUAAAGAGCGUUAACCACCUCACGCUUCUCGAUGAGAGGAAGUAUGAAGAAGCUGAGAUCAUAUAUCGACAUGCCCUAGGGACUAUGGAGAAGGCUCUAGGGCCUGAUCAUCAGGACGUCCUCGACAGUGUGAAUAUCCUCGGAGAAACGCUACUUGAUCUAAAAAUGUAUAACGAAGCGGAGGUCAUGUGUCGACGCGCGCUGGCAGGCAGAGAGAAGACAUUUGGGCCAGACCAUCGAGAUACCCUACUAACCGCCAACAACCUUGGUGUGGCACUACGUAAUCAGAAUAAGCACCACGAAGCGGAGAUUACGUAUCGGCGUGCAGUAAUCGGCACGGGGAGGACGCUUGGACCCGACCACCGAGAUACCCUAAUGUGCGUCUAUAACCUAGCUGGGUUGCUGCAAAGACAGAGGAAGUACGACGAGGCGGAGAUGAUGCAUCGGCGAGCGCUGGCAGGGCGAGAGAAGACUCUGGGGCCAGGUCAUCGACACACCCUCCGCAGUCUCAUUAAGCUAGGUGCGCUUCUCGAUGAGAGGAAGUAUGAAGAAGCUGAGAUCAUAUAUCGACACGCCCUAGGGACUAUGGAGAAGGCUCUAGGGCCCGAUCACCAGGAUGUCCUCGACAGUGUGAAUAUCCUUGGAGAAGCGCUACUUGAUCUAAAAAUGUAUAACGAAGCGGAGGUCAUGUGUCGACGCGCGCUGGCAGGCAGAGAGAAGACAUUUGGGCCAGACCAUCGAGAUACCCUACUAACUGCCAACAACCUUGGUGUGGCACUACGUAAUCAGAAUAAGCACCACGAAGCGGAGAUUAUGUAUCGGCGUGCAGUAAUCGGCACGGGGAGGACGCUUGGACCCGACCACCGAGAUACCCUAAUGUGCGUCUAUAACCUAGCUGGGUUGCUGCAAAGACAGAGGAAGUACGACGAGGCGGAGAUGAUGCAUCGGCGAGCGCUGGCAGGGCGAGAGAAGACUCUGGGGCCAGGUCAUCGACACACCCUCCGCAGUCUCAUUAAGCUAGGUGCGGUGCUGCACGAGAAGAGAAAGUACGAUGAAUCGGAGAUCAUGUAUCGACGUGCGGUUACGGAGGCAGAGAAAUCUCUAGGGCCAAACCAUCCAGCGACUCUAAGGAGCUUUAACCAGCUCUCGAUGUUUCUUUAUGCCCGGGCGACGAGUACCUUAGACGAAGUAUCAUGACAGAGAUAAAAGGCUUAUGUCUGCUCAGGGAUAAAAUUAUGUUGGCUAUGUUUUUUUUUUAUUAUUAUUUUCCGAAUUUUAGCUGUUAUAACGUCGGGCUCUUGAUGACCCCUUAUUGGUGACUAGCUUUUAGGUGGGGGCAUUGCAAAGUUUAUGUAUUAUUAAGUUAGGGGCGUAUGAGGAAGAUUGCAUGCAGAGGGCGUUACAGAAGAA